CCAUCGUCCAUGUCUGGCCCUACUUGUGAGUACAGUUGUAGUCUGCUUGAGCAUCAUGCCUGUUGCUCACAUUGCUCCUGAUCUUAGCAGCAAUGCACCUCACGGUCAGCACAGUCCAUUCGACGGCAUAGCCCAAUCGCGUCCGGUCGCUCACUACUCGUCUUCGCAGCCUAUGGAAUUCUCUCCGAUGUCCGACUUUGGGCACUCUGAGCCAAGCAGUUUUAGUGGCCAUACGCUCGACAACAUGGGUUUCUCUGACGCCCAAUACGCUCCUCCAUCCUUGCUCUUCAGGUCCCCGACCGACGACAAUAUGACAUCGCCCGGGUCGUACAUGUCACCCUUUCCUUCACUAGACGACCCUCUCGGCACUCCAAUGCACCUACGGCAUCCUCAGAUACAAAUUGACACAACCGGCUACACCUCCCACUCGUCAUCCCAAACGACCCUUGAUGGGAUGGUUAGCCCUUAUGAGCCGCUCGGCAUGGGCUCGCGCCGUCCUAGUUUGGCGACGCCUUCGACGUCGAGCUCUCACCUCGCGACUCCCGAACACUCGCCGGGCGAGUCGAGUCAGGCACACGGAUACUUGAAGCCCAACGCUUCGCCCAUCUCCCCGUCCACGUCGUUGACAGACAUGUUUGAGCAGCAGGCGAUCUCUCUGCCGAGCGAAUUUAAUCCCCCGGGACGCCCCAGACAAGCUUCCCGAACGGUUACGGAGCUCGCAAGGGAACUAUUGUUGCCCUCCGAUGGAGAACUCGUGCCGCAGAAGACCUACCGUCCUCAUACGCAGAGUGACCGGCGCCGCUACGUCGAGGAAGUCGAGCUGGAGGAGCCUAUCAUGUUCUUUCUGCAGAACUCUCAGCGAUGCGGCAUAUCCCUCCAAGAUGCCUUGAACGGCAGGUUCAUGAACCUUGCCGGUAGAGAUGACCACAUGUUCGUCAACCGUGGGCCGUCCGUGUCAAUUCGACUCAUGUGGCCUGGUUAUGCGCCUUGGAGCAGGCAGAUUCCCACAAGAGACUUCCGCACCCCUCCUCAACCUAUCACGAGGGCCAAACUGGCUAAGAAUGUUGCGAAAACCAUACAACGAUUCAUUCAGGAUAUGGAGCAACGCCCGAUGGAGGAGGAUGCCCGUCCUGAGUGGCGCGUUGGCUCUGCGCACAUACAGCUGCACCAUCUGACAUUGGUCGGACUGCAGCACGUCUCUAUGGGCAGCUGGCAAGCCUACGUCGCGAUUUGAUUGAUACCCCACCGACCUCACUAUACCAAUGUACACUUUGAUCUUUCUCCUUGCAUCGCUCGCCGUUCUGCCCUUGUUUUUCUUGUGGCCUCCGUUAUUCAUGCGAAGGACGUGGAAGCUCGUCCCGAGGCUUGUCCAACCAUACGUCACACCUGUCGUUCAUGGACAUGACUCUGGGAGGGGUUGCUGCGUCCCGGACAUCAUCUUUUUGCCACUGUUCUCUGCUGCUCUCUCAUGUCUCCCCGAUCUGCAUGUCUGUAUCCACGCUUCUUGCUUCGUCCUGUCCUAUGAUGCUUUCCUCACCUCGUCGACUCAAUGGGUCUAUGCCCUAGGUUGUGAUGUUUCUUGUCGAUACGGACACGCUCUGAACCCCGCUGUAUCAAAUGUGCAUUGAAUGACAAUGCAAGUGAAUUUUCAAAA